AUGACUGGCUGGAAGAGCUCCUGGGUAGGUGGCUGCGGGGUGGUGGUACCGGUAGGAGAUGGAGGGUACCGGUUUGUUUUGGGUGGAACGGGAAUAGGGGUGAUGGUGGUGGGGGGGGGACUUGCGGGAACGGUCGUGGAACGUGCAGGUGUGGAUCGACGAGAGAAAGGCGGGUAA